CAAGCAGGUGACUCCUGGAGGUGAACCAGUUACAGGCACUUUAAUCAGGCUCUUUAUGCUGUUUUAUGCCAUCUACCAGAGAGGACUGAUGCUAAACCUUUGACAGAUUGAGACGGAGCGGUAGAGGAUCCAUCACUUGGCCAGGAGGACCGUCAUGCUGUCCCACUGCGCCGUCACGGCGUGCUGCUAUGUGUUUGUGCUGGUGUUGCGUCUGUCUGCGGCUGAGGACUUCGACUGGACAAAGAACGACCACGGCUCCUUCUAUUAUGGCACUUUUCCAGCUGGAUUUUCGUGGGGUGCCGGAAGUUCAGCCUAUCAAACAGAAGGAGCCUGGGACCAGGAUGGUAAAGGACUGAGCAUCUGGGAUGUGUUCUCGCACAAGAAGGGAAAGAUUCUGCAGAACGACACGGGAGACUCUUCCUGUGAGGGAUAUUACAAAGUCAAGGAUGACAUCUCCCUGAUGAAGGAGUUGAAACUGAACCACUACCGUUUCUCCAUCUCCUGGCCGCGCAUCAUGCCCACUGGCAUCAGGGCUGACCAUGUGAAUGAGAGAGGGAUUAAGUACUAUGAUGAGCUCAUUGAUAACCUGUUGGAGAACAAGAUCACCCCAAUCGUCACUCUGUACCACUGGGACCUCCCUCAGGUCCUCCAAGAGAAGUAUGGUGGAUGGCAAAACAUCAGCAUGGUGAACCAUUUCAAUGAGUUUGCCAACCUCUGCUUUGAGAGAUUUGGAAACCGGGUCAAAUAUUGGAUCACUUUUAACAACCCAUGGUCAGUAGCGGUAGAGGGCUAUGAGACAGGAGAACACGCUCCUGGACUGAAGCUGAGAGGAACAGGAGCCUACCGGGCUGCGCAUCACAUAAUUAAGGCCCACGCGAAGGUCUGGCACGCAUACGACACACAGUGGAGGGCAAAACAGAAAGGUUUGCUGGGAAUCUCUCUGUCUGGAGACUGGGGAGAACCGGUGGACAUUAGCAACUCCAAGGACAUUGAGGCAGCAGAGAGAUAUGUCCAGUUCUACAUGGGCUGGUUUGCUACUCCCAUCUUCCAUGGGGACUACCCGCAGGUCAUGAAGGACUUCAUUGGUCGUAAGAGCAGCCAGCAGGGUCUGAGUUCCUCCCGGCUGCCCACCUUCUCCACCCAGGAGAAGAGCUACAUCAAAGGUACCAGUGACUUCCUGGGCAUCGGCCACUUCACCACCCGCUACGUCACCCAGAAGAACUACCCAUCGGGGCGUGGAGGGAGCAGCUACUUCACUGACAGAGACCUAGCAGAGCUGGUUGAUCCUCGUUGGCCUGAUCCAGGAUCGGAGUGGCUCUACUCCGUCCCCUGGGGAUUCAGACGCUUGCUCAACUUCGUCAAGACCCAGUACGGUAAUCCCUUGAUCUACGUGACGGAGAACGGGGUCUCUGAGAAAAUUAUGUGUACGGAGCUCUGUGAUGAUUGGAGAAUACAGUACUUCAAGGACUACAUCAACGAAAUGCUGAAAGCCAUCAAAGACGGAGUGAACGUGCAUGGCUACACUGCUUGGUCUCUGCUGGACAAGUUUGAGUGGGACGAGGGCUACUCGGAGAGGUUCGGCCUGUACUACGUGGACUUCAGAAACAAAAAUAAACCACGUUACCCAAAAGCCUCUGUUCAGUACUACAAACGCAUAAUCGGUUCCAACGGAUUCCCCAACCAAAGAGAGGUGGACAGCUGGAAGAGGAGGGCCAUCGAGACCUGCUCCUCCAGUAACCAGCUGUUGGCUGCAGCCAAAAGAAGGUCCAAGGAACAUGCAGAAAAGCCCAGGGUGGGGCAGGUGCAUGAUGAGGUUUAGACAGUAGGCUAUUUAUUUAUACAUAUGGGUGAUCUCAGUGUGGCUGUGUGCCUUUGGGUCUGGCUUGCUGUGCUAACACAGCUCUGCUUCGGCCCGGCCGUAACCCCAGCAGCAUCAAGCCCCACCGCCAUCAGGACUGACACUUCCUGUGCAGUCCUGUGAGUUCCAGUAACAGGGAAACAAAACGGCCGGGCAGCUUUUGCUUUAGUGCAGGUCCGCGCUGCGCUAGCCCCCUGGACGUGACGUGGCGGUUCUCAAAGGGUUAACAUGCUGUGGCUGAACUGUCAGUUUGUUUCUGUCUCUCUCUUUGGUAGAGGAACAGCGGAGUACUGCUGCCAAUAUUCUAAGACUUAUACAUGGUAAGACCCCGCCCACUGUUGUUAUUAACUAGACCACGCCCAC